AUCGCAGGCUAGACAGAGGGACCAGGUUGUGUCCGGGCAGAGAGAUCUGGGAAAAUCCAGGAAGAUCAGUCCCAGCCAGAACAUGGAGAUGAAUCCAUCAGAGGUUCAUGAAGUAAGGAAAUUCGAAGAAAUUGACCAAAAAUUAGAACCAGAUCUUUUAGACUCAAACACAGAGGAAUCUGAAGAGAAGUUACAGAACGCCACUUCUGUUUCAGCUCUUGAUAUGAUACUCAAGUCUCUGUGGAAGAUUAGUGUUUUCUUAAGCAAUUUUUUGAGGAAUUAUAUUCAAGAAGCACAACACAACCUGAAAGAUGAUGAAUCUGUUCUUCCACAAGACAUACUUCGUAUCUUCCUACUCAAAAAUCUCAGUCUCACUACUCAUCCUCUGGAAGCAAACGGUGUUUCUAAGCUGUUUCUAAACAUCUUGGAGCUUCUACCUCGCUGGAAUUCGCACUUCAAAGUGAACGAAGUGGCGAAAACGAAUUGCGUUAGAUGCAAGACAGAUAGGGCGUAUUCUGGUGAAUGUUCUUUUGGUCUGAUCAUCAAUGCUAAUUCACUCAGAGUAUUCAAGGCAAGUCAUUUUUUUCAUUUUGUUUUUAGUACUGAAAGAGAGUUCUUACAUGAGAUUGAUGCUAGAAACGUUUUUGGGUAA